AAAGCAAAAUGUGUCCGAAACAAAGAAUGAGCGGUAGUUAAUAGAGUAAAGAUACUAUGUUGCCACUCUUAAUAAAUUUUGAAUACAUCUAACAACUACAGUUUCAUUUCGCUUGAUACUUGACAUCUAAAAUGACUUCUCUGCGAGACAAAGUGGUAUUAAUAACAGGGUCGGAUGAUGUGACAGGUAUUGGAUACGCCACUGCCCUGCACAUGUGCCAGUUCCAACCCCGUCUGGUUAUCACCGGGAGGAACCAGGACAAGCUGAACGACGUCGCGCGGAGAUUGACAGAGAAUGGACUCGCCCAAGAUAGGAUUCUUCCUGUCGUAUGUGACUUGACAAAAGAAGAUGAGUUGAACACCCUGGUGCAAACAACAAUUGAUUCCAAUGGCCUCUUGGACGUUUUGGUGAACAAUGCGGCUGUGACGUCAUACGCGAGCACGCUCGAGGCCACCAUGGAGGAAUUUGAUCAUGUGAUGGCGACCAAUGUCCGCUCACCGUUCCUGCUCACGAAACUGUGUCUGCCUCACCUGAUCAAGACGAAAGGUUGUGUUGUGAAUGUCUCGAGUAUUUCUGGACCGAUGGCGUAUUCUGGUGAGGUUGCGUACGGCAUGAGUAAAGCCAGCCUCGACCAGUUCACACGGAUAUUGGCCAAUGAAGUGGCAGAGUACGGCGUACGGGUGAACUCCGUCAAUCCGGGCGUAGUACGUACCAACAUCCAAGUGAAGGGAGGCAUGAGUGAGGAACGAUACGCCCAGUAUGCUGAGCGACAGAAGUCUACUCACCAGCUGGGCCGCAUGGGGGAACCAGACGAGGUUGCCAAGGCGAUCACAUUCCUGGCCUCGGACCAGGCCUCUUUCACCACGGGGCAGCUGCUCUUUGUAGACGGGGGCAGGCAUAUACAUUAUGUGUGAAGAUGAAGGGUGCCUGUGAACGUCAUAAUAAAAAUUGUGUUGUCGAAAUGUGCAUGUAUAUUCUUUUGCAAAAAAAUAACAUCAAAUAGUUAUUUGUAUACCCCCACAAACGAAGUUUAGGGGGGGAGGGGUAUAUAGGAGUGAGCUUGUCUGUCUGUCGGUUUGUCUGUCGGUAGGUCCGUAUUAAGUGUCCGCUCUCUAAUUCAAGUUGUUUUCAUCCGAUCUUAACAAAAACAUGGUCAGUUGUUGUAUCUAGAUGAUGUCUAGGUCAAGUUCGAAUAUGGAUCAUGCCGGGUCAAAAACUAGGUCACGGGGUCACUUCGUGCGUUUUAAAAAUUGAGCAUGGUGUCCGCUCUCUUAUUCAAGUAUUUUUCAUCAGAGCUCUACCAAACUUGGUCAGAAGUUGUAUCUAGAUGAUGUCUAGGUCAAGUUUGAAUAUGGGUCAGGCCGGGUAAAAAACUAGGUCACGGGGUCACUUAGUGCGUUUUAAACAUUCAGCAUGUUGUCCGCUCUCUAAUAUAAGUAAUUUUCAUCCGAUCUUCACCAAACUUGGUCAGAAGUUGUAUCGAGAUUAUGUCUAGGUCAAGUUUGAAUAUGGGUCAUGCCGGGUAAAAUAAACUAGCAUGGUGUCCGCUCUCUUAUUCAAGUUGUUCUCAUCCAAUAUCUUCACCAAACCUGGUCAGAAGUUUUAUCUAGAUGAUCUCUACGCCAAGUUUGAACAUGGGCCAUGCCGGGCCAAAAACUAGGUCACGGGGUCACUUAGUGCGUUUUUUAACAUUCAGCAUGGUGUCUGCACUCUAAUUCAAGUAGUUUUCAUCCGAUCUCAACCAAACUUGGUCAGAAGUUUGUCAUGAUGAUCUUAAGGCCAAGUAUGAACAUGGGCCAUGCCAGAUCAAAAACUAGGUCAUGGGUCACUUAUAGUACGUUUUACACAUUUAGCAUACUGUCCGCUCUCUAAUUCAAGUAGUUUUCAUCCGAUCUUCACCACACUUGGUCAGAAGUUUUAUCUAGAUGAUGUGUAUGUCAAGUUCGAACAUGGGCCAUGCCGGGUCAAAUACUAGGUCACUUAGUGCGUUUUAAACAUUGAGCAUGGUGUCCGAUGUUUUUUUGCGAAGACAACAUGCAAAAUAUUCUGUGCCAAUGCGGCAUGUGGGGGUAUCCGUCACGUCUUUGACAAAGCUCUAGUUUACUUCAAAUAGUACCGGAAUUUACUGGAAGAGCCAUGCACCAUGCAUUGACUGUGCUACACAGACUGGUUCUAAGCAAAAGGAGUGAGCAAACUUGAAAACUAAUGCAAAACUGCAAGUCGAAUUCAAAUAUUCAAGGACUCUAUCCACCAAACGCUUACGAACAAUGUUAAUCUGACUCGUGUAUAAAUACUCGAAUUCAAUUUUACUUAUGAACCUCAAUACAGUAUGGUUCGACCUUGAGGAAACUGAAAGCUAUUCUACUAUAAUCAAUGUGAAGCGCGAAGUUGCUGUUCGCUAUACUAGAAUACCCUUUAUAUAAAAAUAUGAGCAAAAUUGCGCAUCAAAUCGGUUAUUAUUAACGUUUUCUGACUUAGAUGUAUCUUAAAAAUUGGGUUCAAUUGAUACAGGAAUGUCACGCAAUCUGUGUAUCGUCUUUAAUUUCGAAUAUCGGACACAAUUAAAACGAUUGAUAUACGCAUACAGAGGUUACACGUGUCAAGUAAUGUUGGCGAGAUAUAACAAUAUGCGACAGAUGAUUGUUGUAUAUACGAACAUAAGGAAAAUGCCGUGGACGUUCACAGAGAGUUUGAAAAGUAUCUAUACCUAUUUCGAUUACCGGUAAUACAGCAUUCUAUAAUAGAUGGUGACGUCACUACGUUAUUGUCGGAAAGAAAAGACCGGUGUGUACACAAUGGGUAAUACAACAGGUAUUUACCGAGUCACGCGCAUGGGAUACAAUGGUUACUGUAUUUGGUUUGUAGAAAUAAAAUUUCAGGUAAUCGACGUCAAAACAAAAUAGAAAAAUGAUUCGACCUUGAAGGCAUUGAAAGCCCCGGUCAUACCACAUCAAAUAAUGUGAAGCGUGAGGUUGCUGUUCGCUAUACUUGUAUACCCUUAAUUAAAAAGAGCAAAAUUAGAGAUCAAAUCGAUUUUUAUUAUCGUUUUAUCAACAAAAUGUCAGGUAAUGUUGGCGAGAUGUAACAACGUGACAGACGAUUGUUGUAUAUACGAACUUAUGGUAAAUGACGUGCACGUUGCAGAGUUUGAAAAGUAAAUAUUAAUACAGGUAUUGACCGUGCCACGCGCAUUUGAUACAGCGGUCACAUUAUUUGGUUCGCAGAAAUAUAAUUGCAGCUUAUCUCAGUCAAAUAAUAAGUAUACAAAUACGUUUAUAUUUCACGUGCUUGUAGUUUCUUUACUUGCCAACAGUCUUUUCAUACUGGCAACGUUUUGAUUAUGCGCUGCUGGAUACGUUUGCUAUGUCCAAAUUUGUGCAUGCAUAAGUGUUAUCUUCCAAACAGAUGUAUGCGACCCACUUGUCUUUGCCAUUUGCACUACAUUUGUCACUAUUCGAACAUAAUAAGGCUUGCCAUUAUAUUCGGUGUAAAAGUCGUGCAAACAUUUUUCAUUCCACUUGAUCUUCUUAUCUGUAAGAAACUGGACACGCGCUUGCGUUCUCAGACUGCAAUUUUAACCGUAGUUGAAAUAUGCAUUCCAUUUUUCAUUUAGUCUUUCUUUUUGGAUUUGUUCAGGGUCGUGGAACCACGUGCUGCACGGACGGCUGGCUGGCAUUCGAAGGCUCUUGUUACACGUUUGGUCGCGACAUCUCAUCCUUCACGGUGGCGGAGCAAUACUGUCGUCAACAUGGUGGCCACCUUAUUCACGUAGACAAUGCCCAUGAAAACAACUUCAUCAAGGAUCGCCUACGGGACCUGAAAUCAAGUCACUACUGGACGGGUCUCACGGACGAGGACAUUGAAGGGGAGUGGAACUGGUUUGACACGGACUCGAACGCAACAUUCUUAAACUUCUACGCGGGCUAUGGCCAUAACAUCAAUCUUGACUGCGCCAUAUUCAACUACGGUGUGGACUUUUCCUGGACCGAUAACGACUGCAGUACAGCUAACGCCAAACCCGCAUGUGAGCGCUCAAGUGAAACUUGCUCCUGCGAGUCAUCGUCCGCCAAUAUGAUUGUUGGUUAAUAAACAAACUAUUUCUUGUUUAAACACAAUCAUGAAAUGCGCUUGCUUUUUUUUAAUUCAAUGCUGCGUCUGUUUCUGUGUCACACAACAUAACGGUUAAUAAAGCCAGUAAUUUUA